AGUUGAGCCUCCUGGAGAGAUGCAGAGUCUCAGGCCUGAGAAGAUGCAGGGGCUGCUGUCUCGGGAGAGCAGGGCCUGGGAGAAGCAUGCUGCCCUCACCAAGGACUGGGUGGCUGUGGAGGUUGGGGCCUCCGGCUGUGACAGUGACAAGAAAGACCUACCUUCUCCCGAGACUGGGCAUCCCCAGGAGCGGAGCUCGGUGGAGGAAGACAGUGAGUCAGAGGACUCCCAGGGCUUUGUGGAGUGGUCAAAAGCUCCGCAACAAAUGACCAUAGUCUUGGUAGUGUGUGUGCUUUUUUUGUUCCUGGUUUUAACAGGGAUGCCUAUGAUGUUUCACAUUUAA